AUGCCAAAUAUUAUGUUGAUGACACCCCAAACGGCAAUCCAAGUGCCGUCCGCCACAAUUAGUCCCAAUGGAGCUGAAAACCCUGACCGAACUCAAUGUAGCGAUGCCGGUCACCCAUGUGAAACUGCAGGAGACAGAUGCUGUAAUAACACACCAGGUGGUAACCACAAACAUGGUCAAACCUAUAAGAGCCGAUCAAUUUGGAAACGUACUAAAAAAUUCUUCAGGAUUAUUGUGCUGCACGUAUAG